CUUCUAAUCCCUCUUUCUUAUUAUUGAGACAAAACCUCAUUUAUAUAUAGCAUGAACAAAUUUUUAAUUUGUGGAAAAUAAAAGUCAUUGUCUUAUUGCAAAAUUUUUUUCUAAAUUAUGUCGGCUACUUUCGAGAAAGAGUGAUUUCAGUGAUUAGUUUAUUCAAGUUUCAAUUCCAAAAAUAGUAAAAUUUACCACCGAUGAGCAAAGUCAAAGAAAAAGACUAACACUCCUUUUAGUAAGAACGAAAGGACAAGGGAAAAACAGUUUUAAUAUUUUUUUUACUUUCCCUUUUCUUUCUUUCCUACAACACAGUCUAAACGAUCGAGGACCACCUUGAUUGUCUAUAUAUAUUAAGCUUGAUGCAAGGCUUAUCAUUAUAUAUUUAGAAGUAGCAGUUGAGAGAGAAUUGAAAAUAUAGAGAUCAUAUAUAAAGAAAAAGAGAUGAUGGAAACCAAAUGGUUGUGGUUGAGUGUGUUGUUGUUGUUGCUGUUAGAAGGAUGCAGAUGGUAUAGUACUGAGGCGUGCUGGGAGGAUGAGAGGAUUGCUCUCUUGCAACUCAAACCGUUCUUCAAUUCUCACAACGAUCUGUACAGCUGGGUUGAUGAGAUCAAGGGUUCAGAUUGCUGUCAAUGGCAUAGGGUCGAGUGCAACACCUCCUCCUCCUUCUCCUCCAAGCGAGUCAUAGGACUCUCUCUUAAUAAUACAAGAUGGCUCGACAACAAAAGAUGGUAUCUUAAUGCUUCCUUGUUUCUUCCUUUCAAGGAACUGAAGCAUCUGUAUUUGACAGGGAAUAACAUCGCUGGUUUUGUCGAAAGUGAAGGUUUUGCAAAGCUAAAUUUGGAGAUCCUUGAUUUAAGUGACAAUUACCUCAAUGAUACAAUUUUAUUAUCUUUGAGUGAGCUUUCAUCUCUUAAGCAUUUAUAUCUAGGAGCAAACUCCUUCAGAGGAUCAAGUCAUGCAAACGGUUUCCAAUGGCUCUCAAGACUUGGUAAUUUGGAAACUCUUGAUUUAUGGGGCAAUUCUUUGAAAAAUGAUAUAGUGUUUCAUAUGAAUGGUCUUUCAUCUUUAAAGACUUUAAGUUUAAGUGGAAAUUACUUGGAAGGAACCGUUCAUAUUCACGAAUUGAAUAAUUUGACAAACUUGAAGAACUUGGAUUUAAGCUUCAAUACAAUUGAAAGCUUCCAACCAUCAAAGCAAGGAAACGAGACACAACUGAGGUUGACCAAUUUGGAGGAACUUGAUUUGAGCUAUAAUCUCUUCAGGAACAAUACAUUUUCCUUCGUUCAGGGGUUUUCAAGUCUAAAGUCCUUAUAUAUGCAGGGGAACCAAUUGCAAGGCUCAAUAGAUGUUAAAGGAUUGAAUAAUUUGACAAAUUUGAAGAACUUGGAUUUAAGAGACAAUAAAAUUGAAAGCUUCCAACCAUCAAAGCAAGGAAACGAGACACAACUGAGAUUGACCAAUUUGGAGGAGCUUAAUUUGAGGGGUAAUCUUUUCAAGAACAAUACAUUUUUCUUCCCUCAGGAGUUUUCAAGUCUGAAGUCCUUAGAUAUGGGGGAGAACCAAUUGCAUGGCUCAAUAGAUAUUAAAGAAUUGAAUAAUUUAAUGAGUAUGAAGAAGUUGGAUUUAAGCUGGAACAGCAUUGAAAGCCUUCAAUCCUCACAAGAUAGUGGGAGACAGCUGCACUUGACCCAUUUAGAAGAAUUUGAUUUGAGUUAUAAUCUCAUGAAUGACAGCAUAUUUGCAUCACUUAGCGGGCUUUCAAAUUUGAAGUCUUUGGAUGUAAGCUACAAUCAGUUAAAUGGAUCAAUAGAUAUGAGAGACUUAGGUGCUUUUACCAACUUAGAGGAACUGGAUAUGAGUUAUAAUGAUUUGAAUGAAUUUGUGAGCAGUAAAGAAUAUAAGAGAUUGAAAAAGUUAAAAGUUCUUCGUCUAAAUGAGGUUUUCACCAAUGGAAAUAGUCCAUUAUUGCUAAAAUUAGUAAAGGCAUUCCCAUCGGUUAAGACCUUCUAUCUACAAGGGAAUUACUUAAACAAGACUAUGGCUACUCAAGAUCAAGAAUUGCAUGUGUGGAGCAAUGUGGAGGAAAUAUUUCUAGACGGUUCUUAUCUCAACAACAACAUUUUGCAAAGCAUUGGAGUGUUCACUUCUCUUAAAACUUUGUCUUUAUUUAGCUGUGGACUUAUUGGUUCCUUACCUAAUCAAGGUUGGUGUGAUCUAAGGAACCUUGAAACGUUGGAUAUCAGUUGGAAUGCACUUGAGGGGAUACUUCCUUACUGUUUGGGUAAUUUGACAUCUCUUCUUGAGUUAGAUAUCUCCUACAAUCAAUUUACUGGAAGUUUGACGCCUUUAGCAAAUCUUUCAUCACUUAGAUUCGUCUCCCUUUCAACAAAUCACUUUCAAAUUUCAAUGCCAUUCUUGUCACUUGCAAACCUUCCAAAUCUCAAGAUUCUCUUGGGUGAUGAAAACAAGAUGAUAAUGGAACCUAAUUCCUUUCAUGCUUCAAUUCCGAAGUUCCAACUAAAUAUCAUCAGUUUGUCAAAGUGUACAACAGAUAAAGGACUUAGUCUACAACCUCCUAAUUUCCUUUAUUACCAAUAUGACUUGAGAUAUGUUGAUUUUUCCUAUAACAAUUUUAGUGGAACAGUCCCAUUAUGGUUGUCAGAAAAUAACACAAAAUUAGAAGAUCUCCUCUUGUUGGGUAAUUCUUUCACUGGUCCUCUCUUGUUAUCACAGCUUCUUAAUCCUAAUAUGUCUUCAAUUGACAUAUCUAAUAACAAAUUACAAGGUAAAAUUCCAACAAAUAUAUGUUCAACUUUUCCAAAUUUGGAAUUCUUAUUCUUAUCUAAGAAUGCCAUUAAAGGUAAUAUCCCUCCUUGCUUAGGUGGCAUGAACACUUUAUCAAUUUUAGACCUAUCAGACAAUCAUUUGUCUGGAAGAGUACCAGAAGAGUUGGUCAUGAGAAGCUCAUUAGGUAUUCUUAGGCUAUCAAAUAACAAUCUAAGUGGAAUGAUUGUUCCUAUGAUGUUCAACACAAGCAAGUUGUCAAAUUUGUAUUUGGAUGGUAAUAACUUUGCUGGAGAGAUUUCGGAUAUUGAUGUUUCUGCUACUGAUUUUUCACAUUCAUCACUAGAGGAAAUUGAUCUCAGUAAUAACAGUUUUAAUGGAAAGCUCCCAAGAUGGAUAGGGAAUGUAUCGCAUUUGAAGAGAUUGGCUUUGUCCAAUAAUCAUUUCGAAGGUUCUAUUCCAAUGGAUUUGUGCAACUUGUAUGAGCUUGAAUUUUUGGAGCUUUCUCAAAACAAUUUAUCUGGCUCUAUUCCUUCUUGUUUCAAUACACCAUAUUUGAGACAUGUCCACUUGAAGAGAAACAAACUAAGGGGUCCAUUGACAUUUGCUUUUAACAGUUCUUCAUUAGUGACAUUAGAUCUUAGAGGGAAUAAUUUAACCGGUAAUAUUCCAAAAUGGAUUAGCACACUUUCUGCUUUAAGCGUCUUUCUUUUGAAAGAUAAUCAUCUAGACGGUGGAAUUCCAGUUCAAUUAUGCAAGUUGUAUUCAUUGAGCAUCGUAGAUCUUUCUGGAAAUAUGUUUUCUGGUCAUAUACCUUCUUGUUUGGGUAAUUUAACUCUGGCAAUGAACAAGGAAAAGUCUUUUGUAGAUAACUCUUGGUAUAUAGGAUAUACAAUGAAGGAUCUAUCUAUUUCAAUUAAUUCACAUGGUUAUCCCAAUAGCUACAUGGUAGAAGAGAUAGAGUUUACAACAAAGAGUAUGUCCUACACAUAUGGUGGUGACAUUCUUGAGUAUAUGUCUGGGAUUGAUUUAUCUUGCAACAAGUUAACUGGGCAAAUCCCACUCGAAUUGGGAAACUUGAGUGAAAUCCAUUCGUUAAACUUAUCACACAAUAACUUGAUCGGAGUCAUACCCUCAUCAUUUUCAAAGCUUAAGCAAAUUGAGAGUUUGGACCUUUCUUAUAACAACUUGACUGGUAGAAUCCCUGUACAGCUGGUUGAGUUGAACUCUCUAGAGGUUUUCAGCGUGGCACACAACAACUUGUCAGGUAAUAUUCCAGAACCAAAAGCACAGUUUGGGACCUUUGAUGAAAGGAGUUACGAAGGAAACCCUCUUCUCUGUGGAGCUCUAUUGCAAAAUAACUGCUUUAAAACUGAGUCACCAUCAACAGCACCAACUACAGCAGACGAUGAAGGAGAAGGUAGUUUCAUGGACACAUAUGUUUUUUGUGUGAGCUUUCUGGUUUCAUAUGUAAUUGUUUUAUUGGGAAUUUCUAUUGUUCUAUACAUAAAUCCAUAUUGGCGACAAGCAUGGUUUUCUUUCAUUGAGAGUUGCAUCACUACCUGUCGUUACUCAAUUGUGGGCAAUUUUCUUGAGUUAUACAUCUUCAAAAGAUGUGCUUAGGUGUCAUGGGAGCUCUUAUGAUUUGCCUUUUGUUUGAAUGUGGUGAAGACAUGGAUAAAGUUGAUUUUUGUUGUCAGAAGAAGUUUGGUGAUUUGAUCUUUUAAAUGGGGGAUUUCUUUUAGCUUACUGUUUUGUUAAAAUAGUUGUAGGAAGAGUUGUGGAUUUUGCACUUUGAACAGAGCUUUAUGUCUCUGUCAAAACUCUGUUUUUGGUAUUUGUUUUGUUUUGAAGGAAGCCUGUAGCUUUGUGUCUUGUUGAUUUUAUUUUCUACACAAAUAUUCAAUUCUCUAUUCUCCAUCAUCUACAAGUUAUUAUUAAUAUCUUUUCCAAGUUAUUAUUCAAAUUGGCAAAUUUUUCCUCAUUAGGUUUGACUUAGUUUUGAGCUUCUAGUAAAUGAUUUCUGGCAUAAAUUGUAGCGAAGGCAAAGAUUGCUGGCUAUGGCCUACCAAGAACAUUUCUAAAGUUGUAUUGGUUGGCUUCAUUUGUUUUAACCAGAUUUUAUAUCUAUCGUAAAAAGCUUUUUCAAUUUAUUUUCUUUG